AUGGCCGGAAAUGGAAAUCGAAAUGGAAAUGGACGGGCAAUUGGGAUCGAUUUGGGGACAACGUAUUCGUGUGUGGCGGCAUGGCAGCACGACCGCAUUGAGAUUAUACCAAACGACCAGGGAAAUCGCACCACGCCGUCUCAAGUCGCUUUCACCGCCGCCGAGCGUCUCAUCGGCGACGCCGCUAAGAAUCAAGUGGCCAACAAUCCCAUCAACACUAUUUACGAUGCAAAGAGGCUGAUUGGUUGCAGAUUCAGUGACCCAACGGUUCAGAGAGAUAUCAUGUUUUGGCCAUUCAAGGUCAUUCCUGGUGAUGGGCACAAGCCUGUGGUUGUGGUAACCUACAAGGGGGAGGAGAAACGGUUUUCGCCUGAGGAAAUCUCCUCAAUGGUGCUCACUAAGAUGAAGGAUAUUGCCAAGGCAUAUCUUGGAUCGACUGUCACCGAUGCUGUUGUGACUGUGCCUGCUUAUUUCAACGACUCUCAGCGUCAGGCCACCAAGGAUGCCGGAACCAUUGCUGGCCUUAACGUUAUGAGGAUCAUCAAUGAGCCUACUGCUGCAGCCAUUGCGUAUGGUUUUUACAAGGGGGCUGCUAGCUCUGUGGCAAAGAAUGUGCUCAUUUUCGACUUUGGCGGUGGCACGUUUGAUGUGACUGUGGCCACGAUUAAGGAAGAUGUCAUUGAAGUGAAGGCUACUGCCGGCGAUACUCAUCUUGGAGGCCAGGACAUAGACAACAGGAUGGUGAAUCAUUUUGUAAGCGAGUUCAAACUCAAGAAGGGUAAGGAUAUUAGUGGGGAUCCAAAAGCUAUUAGAAGAUUGAGGACUUCUUGUGAAAGGGCAAAGAGGAUCCUUUCCUCCAGUUUGGAAACACCGAUUGAUAUUGAAUCGUUGUUUGAGGGGAUUGAUUUGUUUUCAACUAUUACUCGUGCUAAGUUCGAGCAACUUAACAUGUAUUUAUUCAGCAGGUGUAUGGAACUGGUGGAGAAAUGCGUGAGUGAUGCUAAGAUGGAUAAGAGUAGUGUGGAUGAGGUGGUGCUGGUGGGCGGGUCGAGUAGGAUUCACAAGGUGCAGCAGAUGUUGCAGGAGUUUUUCGAAGGAAAGGAGGUGCGCAAGACCAUUAAUCUAGACGAAGCUGUGGCAUAUGGUGCUGCAGCGCUAGCUGCCAAGUUGAACGGUGAAGGCAAUGACAAGGUGCAAAAUGUAGUUUUUGUGGAUGUUACUCCUUUGUCACUUGGUAUUGAAUCCAAUUUGGGUGUGAUGGAUGUAUUCAUUCCGAGGAAUACACCUAUCCCCACAAGGACAGAGAAAAUUCGCUGGACGGCCUAUGACAAUCAGACCAGUGUGCCAUUUCGCGUGUAUCAGGGUGAACGAAGCAAGGCAAGGGACAACAACCCGCUAGGCCAAUUCGAACUCCAAGGCAUUCCAGCAGUGCCCAGAGGUGCUGCUAAAUUCAAAGUGUGGUUCGACAUUGAUGAGAAUGGUAUCACGAAUGUGUCAGCCGAGCACAUUGGAAGUGGGUUGAAGAACAAGAUCACCAUUACCGGUGCCAAGCGCAAGCUGCCUAAGUAUCAGAUAGAGAAGAUGGUGAAAGAUGCAAAGAAGUACAAGAGGGAGGAUGAAGAGUAUAUGACCAAGGUUGGUGCAAGGAAUGAUUUGGAGAAUUACGCCUACGACAUAAGGAACACCACUAGAUGUGCAGCCGGGAUUGAAGCAGCCGACAAGAUGGAGAUAGAGAAGGCAUUCGAGUCUACAAUGAAAUGGUUGGAGUCAAACAAACUUGCUAAUGUUGAUGCUUUCAAAGAGAAGAUAGAGGAGCUUGAAAUGAUUUAUAAUCCCAUUGUUGCUAAGAUGCACUCUGCUGGUCCCAGUAUUGUUGAACUGGAUUAGGAGCAUCUCUGUAAUGGCAUGAUCUUGUGCAGGGUCGUU